UAAAUCUUAUUUCCUUAACAUUGAAUUGGCACAGCAUCUCGAUCCAUGCUUGCCGUUUCUCUCCCCACAAGCUUAUCCUCCCAAGACACCCUACAAGGCAUUAUUAUCGUGGUUUCCGCGAUAUACCUACCGAUAAUGGCAUCGUGUAGAUAUAAUGGAAUAAACGGGUCCUCUCCCAGUUUCCCAAAGAGAAAGCAAUUCUCCGAAUGGCUGUACUCCAGUAGGGUCUUGUAG